AUGGUUAACAAGGCAACAACACUCUCCCUGCUGUUGGACAUGACAUCAUCGCUCUGCACCCCAAACACAGCCGACGUAGGGCUAGUCAGUCACUCACUCACUCACCCGCUGCAGUGGUUUCCUAGGGGGAAGUGGAUGAAGAGGAUGAGACACUGCAUGUGGAACCAGACCCUGAACCAGACCUUGAAUCAAGACCAGGACCAGGGGCAGGGCGGAUCCUCCAGACCUGCUGCGGACUGCAGCGCCCCCUCAGCCUCCCAGGCCAGCGUGGACUUCCUGAAGAACAUCGGCGAGGGCGUGGCGGCCAUGUUGAGCCCACUGGGUAUCGACGUGGACAUCGACGUGGAGCACGAGGGCAAGAUGACCAAGGUGACCCCUCCCUCUCAAAGUGGGGGGGCGGAGGGAGACGGGGGCGGAACCAACAGCGAGGACGUAGCAACAAAAGAGGGUGGGGGCAAGGUUGAGGGCGGGGCCAGCAGUGAGGGGUCAAAGGUGCAGAGAGACUCAGAUGAGGAGUGGACUCACCUGAACCCCAAGGAGGUUGACCCGUCUACCGGAGAGGUCCAGUCCCUCAAAGAGCAGGACCAGGACCAGGACCAAGGUCCCCCGUCCGGCCCAACAGGCCUCAGGGAGGCGGCACUGUACCCCCACCUGCCCCAAGGUAACACCUGCUCUCCCUCAGACUCUGCUUCUGACUGGCUAGUAGUCCUUACCUAGGUACUGUCAGGGCCCUCAUAC